AUGGCCUCCUGUAAGCAUGCCGGAUGGCUUCGUGUCAUAGAAAAUCGUGAUUCAAAGGAGCUCAUCAUAGAACAAACCGAUCGACUGAGCACUUUAGUCCGUGAAAUGCCUGAGCCAGACUCACAGCGCCCGCAGCUUUGCCUCUUUUUGGGUACCUUCACAAAAGACGAGGCGAUACGGAAUAUUUUUAAUCGAAAUAACAUACGCCGUGGAGAUCGAGCAAAUAUCAACCUACGGGUUGAUACGACGUCUUUGACCACCGACAAUCCUGUGCUUUUUGCCGAUAGCAACCCAUUCCAAAUUCCUUUUUCCGAGAAGACUCAUGUGUGGUGCCAUGAAACUACAUCUCAUCCUACAACCUGGCACACAACUGCCUCACGCGCCGUCAUCGACGUUCUGUAUUCCAGACUCAUCUUCACUUUCAGCGAUGUCAUAUGCAUGUUUGCAGAUGACUUUCAGACAUUAGAAGCAAUUGUAUUGCACUUAAAAGCGUGGGUUGAGCUUCAAAAUGCUUCUUCGUUGCCUUCCGAUACGCUCCCUAGAUUGCUCGUCAUUUUUUCGGAAGACGGCAAGUUUAGCGAGGCUCGCAUAGAGGACUACCUAACCUCAUCUAACCUUGGACGACAGCUUUCAUCAAGCUUUUCCACCCUUAAGAUCUUUCAACUAGCAGGCAAAUACCUUUCCCCAUCCACUCGCUAUCAACGGCUCCAUGCGGAGAUUCGAUAUCAUAUGCAAGAAUCGAGAGAGAUAAAAUCAAGCCUUAGAUGCCUUUUCUCCGCCUCUCACCUUCUACAUUUUUUCAACUCCGCAGUAAAGCACAUAGCGCAGAACCCAGGAGAGGCAUUCGACUUUAUUAAGGUCUCGAGAGGCGCAGACCCAGUGAAAGCAGACCACCAUGUAUAUCUGCAGAAGUUUCUUAAGCUCUGCGUUCAUUUCAAGAUUUCAUACAACAUGGUCGCAGCAUUUGUUGCCUCGAGCAUUAUGAUGAAUGCGUACCCGAGAAGAAUGCAUCCUGGAGUGAGGCUUAUUGGCAUUGACGGUGGUGGUGCGCGAGGUGUGACACCCCUCGAGUUCCUCGGAGAGUUACAGAAAUUACUUGGAGAAUGUCCAAUCCACGACAUGAUUGAUCUUGCAGUUGGUACAAGCUCAGGGGGCCUAACCGUACUGGCUAAAUUUCACCAAAAGUGGCCUGUUCCACAUUGUGCUAGUACAUUUGAGACUCUCGCCCGCCGAUGUUUCUCAACCUCUGGCUCCGCCUUAGGCCGAUUAAAAGCAGUAGUCAAGUACAUAACUAGCGAUGCAAUGUACGAUGAGCGAUUUCUGGAAGGUGCCCUUCAAGAGACUUUGCCAGGGCAUUUGUUUGGUUACGUCCCUGGCAUAGUAUAUGGGACAAAGGUGGCACUUACUGCGACAUCUGGAGGAAAUGCACGUUCAAUAUUCACAAACUACAACGGUUCAGCGCAACCAAUGGGGUAUACAGUUGUUCGACCUGAAAACAGUGAUGACGAAGCUUUGCUAUGGCAAGCAGCCCGUGCAACGACAGCAGCUCCCAUUUUCUUCAAACCUAUUACAGUUGCCGGUCAAGAAUUUUGGGAUGGCGGGCUUGGAUUCCCCAACCCUGUUGAACUAGCAAUGUGGGAGUCUUGCCGGAUCUGGGAUAAAGAUAUAUCCCACGAUGUCACUAUCUCUCUUGGCACCGGAGAGGCCUCCAAGGGCCUGCCGAAGAGAAAGACCCAUUCUCUGCAGAGGUUAUGGGCGUCUUUUAUGGACUUUCUCGACGGACAUACUAGAUAUGGUGAUGUCAGAAAUGGGUUGGAUGAGCAACGCAGGCAAGACUUCUUUCGUUUGAAUACUGAGCUUCCAUACCCAAUUCGGCUAGACGAUGUUGAAAGUAUACCGCUGCAGAAAAAGCAGAUACACCUACGCUCGCAAGGUCAGCUUAUUGAAGUUGCAACGGCACUAUUGGUUUCCAACUUUUACUUCCAACUCGAUAAUCCUCUUAUCUAUGAUGGAGGCCUCUAUUUAUGUGAAGGCUCGAUCAGGUGUCGCGGAGAUUAUAAAGAGGUAGUCAACGCUCUUGUGGCUCUAUAUCAGCCUGAGAUGGAAUUCAUCACUACCAAUGAGACCCUCACCUCGCUGGAUUUAGAAGGUUGUCAAAUGUGCUCCCUUUAUAACCAACCUGUCUCAUUUUAUGUCCGACACCCUACAGAAACUGUGACAAUAUCGCUACGGUUGGCUAAGGGGCCUUGA